AUCAGCCGCUGACCGGUGCUUGUUGGAGGCGACACUGUACCAUAAAUACUGGGAGAACAGGCUUUUAAUUAGACAUGGAAAGGCUACAAUGUGGCAAAUUGUCAGCGGUCCAAUCAGAGAGUAGGUCACUAAUAUGCAAAUGCGUUGUUAUCACAGUCACGUCAGCAGCAGCGGUAGAGCCGCUGUGCCGAGGUCGCCAGCAGGAGUACAACUAACAACACAGUCACAACUUCGCCGAUAACACUUUGCCCUUUGGGGUUCCUUUCAGGGACGCAAUAUAAAGGAUAUGCUGUAGCUCUGUAGAGAGUGAGGCUCAUUGGGACCAGUUUGGAUCCAGUGGAGUUCUGAAGGUUCCAUUUACCCUCCGAGCUCUGCCAUGGACUUCUUUGAUGACCCUAACCUCUUUGUUGGAGGUUUGGAUGGGCUGGAUGAAGAAGGUUUCCCCUCAGCACCGUCACUCGUGGAUGAGCUAAAUCUCAGUGCUGACUUUGAGCCCCUCCAAGUGGAGCCUCUAGGCCCGGGGAAGCACCAAGACAUGAUGCCACCAGUUUCUUCCACAUCCACCCAACAAGCCAUGCCCACUUACAGUCAUCAGAUAGGCCACUACAUUGGCAUGAAGGCACAGAAUCCUAUGGGGCAGGCAUUUUCUGGUCCUGGGGGCACAGGUGGUGGAGAUGGUGGCAUGAUUGCAGAGCAACAUGGCCAGUACCAUAAUGCCACCAUGACACAAGUACCUCAAUCCAAUGGGCUGUUCUGUAACAGUAGCAGUCCAAUGUGGGGCAACCAGGACCAGAAUGGGAAUAUGUACCACCCCUUAUCUCAACAGCAACAACAGCUUUGUCAUCAGCAGCAGCAACUGCACAACCAGCAACUGCAUGUAAGACAACAACAAACACAGCAGCAACACCACCCCUGUCAUCAUCAACAACAGCAGCAGCACAGAAUGCGGCAGCAGCAGCUGCAACAACAGCAAAGUCAUCAGCAACAGCUGUUAAACCAGCGCCAGCACCAACAAAUUAACACACAGACUAUGUCCCUGCAGCAACAACAGCAUCACAAUUUCUCCUUUCACCAGGGAAGUCAAACUCAGAGCCAACAGCAAGUUCACCAUAGUCAGCAGCAGGUUCAGCACCAGCUAACUGUAGGAGGACCAAGGUUCCAUUCAAGGGCUCUGCCAAGUAAGUCCUAUCUGGAUAGUCAAAAUGCUUCUCUGACUGGAACUUGCUUACAACAACAGCAGCAGCAGGGUAGCUACCAGUUGAACAGGGGAGGUCAAGCCUUCUCUGGAUCAGGACUGGAAGACAAUAACCUGCCCUUCCCCAUGCAUUCAUCAUCUGUGGGUCACUCCCUGCCCACGUACUCGGUCAGUUCUGCCAGCACCUACCAACCGGCUCAGUACCCUGCCUACCCUGGAGAACCAGAAAUAACCAGUCUCAGUCAGCAGUCUUUGUCAUCAGCAUCGGUGUCUAGGCCCACCACAACUGUUGCUCCCCUCACUUCUACAGUGCCUGAGCUCUCAGGGACAGUAUGCCCGUUUUCAUCCACAUCAGUUAUGGGUCAACAGCACAUUAGGACCCCGGUUAGCCAGGCAGAGGAAUGUCCUUUCCGUGCUUUACGCUGUUCUGGAGAAACCCAGGGAAGCUGUAAGUCAUCUGAGAUGUUUGGUGAUUCUAUGAGCUGCUACCCCAGCAUGGCCAGUCAGCUACCCUCUGAACAGCCUCAGAGUUGCGUGGCCAUCAACACUAAUGGAUUUCAAGCAUUGGGAGACAAUCUCCUGCCAUCAGGUGCUCAGGAUGGGGACUUGGAGGGGUUGGAACCUCCUGACCUCCUGCCUGACCUACUGCCCCAGCUGGAGGCUGCUCUCAGCCAGCAGGAUGAAUCCAACUGUUCCUGGGCUGAUUCCAGCCAUGAGAGGGGACAUGAGCACCGGAAGUCACCACCUGUUGAGAACAAGGAUGACAAGCCUCGAAAGAACACUAAUGGUCCUGGUAGCCAGGUACGGGUCCUCAGUCCCCCAAUGAAGAGCAGCUCAUCGUCCUCCUCCUCUUCCUCAUCAUCUUCAUCCUCAUCCAGCUCCUCAUCGGAGAAGAGGACUUCGCGGAGGGCGCAUCAUCAGAUGGAGUCAACUCAGCUGGAGAAGCAGGAGAAGGCCAAUAGGAUAAUAUCAGAGGCUAUUGCAAAAGCCCGGCAGCGCGGUGAGAAGAACAUCCCCAGAGUCAUGAGCCCGGAGAGCUUCCCCAGCUCUUCCUCUCAGUACAAGACCCACCGUGACCGCGAGCAUAAAGGAAAUGGCAAGGCAAGGCCCAAAGAGAAGGCCUGUAGGAAAGCCUGCAUUGUACCUUCCUCCAAGCCCAAGCAGAAGGCCAAGAUCGGGAAAAUUGUCAUAAAGAUUGGGAAGAAAAAGAAGAGAAAGCCACCGUCUUCAGAGGAGGAGUCGGAUGAUGACCCUCCACCUCGACACACUUCUAAAGACGACGACUCGAAGAGGCGAUCUAAUCGCCAGGUGAAAAGGAAGAAGUAUGCUGAAGAGCUGGAGGCCAGGCUGUCAGAUGAGGAAGUCAAGGUUAUUGUCAAAGCCAAGAAAACCAACACUGCAGCAUCCAAGCAGCCUGCUGUUCAACUCUUUGUAGAAAAUCCUAGUGAGGAGGAUGCUGCUGUUGUUGACAAAAUCAUGUCCUCUCGUAUCGUCAAGAAGGAGGUCUCUCCAGGAGUGGUGGUGGAAGUGGAGGAGUUUUUUGUAAAAUACAAAAACUACUCCUACCUACACUGUGAGUGGGCUACAGAGCAGCAGCUGGAGAAAGACAAGAGGAUUCAGCAGAAGAUCAAACGCUUCAAGAUGAAACAAGCACAGAGGGCGCUCUUUUUCGCAGAUAUGGAAGAGGACCCCUUUAACCCUGACUACGUAGAGGUGGACAGAGUGCUGGAGGUGUCAUAUUGUGAGGACAAAGACACAGGGGAGGAGGUGGUGUACUACCUGGUGAAGUGGUGCUCUUUACCUUAUGAGGACAGCACCUGGGAGCUGAAGGACGACGUAGAUCAGAGCAAGAUUGAAGAGUUUGAGCAGCUGCAGGCAGCCAAGCCGGACUCAUGCAGGAUGGAGCGGCCCCCAGCCAAUCUGUGGAAGAAGAGGGAGCAGUCGAGAGAAUACAGGAAUAGCAACAGCCUCAGGGACUACCAACUAGAGGGGGUCAACUGGCUCCUCUUCAACUGGUACAACAGACGGAACUGCAUCCUGGCAGACGAGAUGGGCCUGGGAAAGACCAUCCAGUCAAUCACAUUCCUAGAUGAAAUCUAUCGCGCGGGCAUCAAGGGGCCAUUCCUCAUAAUUGCUCCACUCUCCACCAUUGCCAACUGGGAGCGCGAGUUCCGUACUUGGACCCAUCUUAAUGUCAUCGUCUAUCAUGGAAGCAUGGUCAGCAGGCAGAUGCUCCAGCAGUAUGAGAUGUAUUUCAGGGAUGCACAGGGCCGUGCGAUACGAGGUGCUUACAAGUUCCAGGCUGUUAUCACCACAUUUGAGAUGAUCUUGGGAGGCUGUCCCGAGCUCAACGCCAUAGAGUGGCGCUGUGUUAUCAUCGAUGAGGCCCACCGCCUCAAGAACAAGAACUGCAAGCUGCUAGAAGGCUUCAAGCUCAUGAGUCUGGAGCACAAGGUCCUGCUGACAGGAACUCCUCUUCAAAACACAGUGGAGGAGCUUUUCAGCCUGCUUCACUUCCUGGAGCCUGCGCGCUUCCCCUCAGAAAACACCUUCAUGCAGGAGUUUGGAGACCUCAAGACUGAGGAGCAGGUACAGAAGCUUCAGGGUAUCUUAAAGCCCAUGAUGCUGCGUCGGUUGAAGGAGGAUGUGGAGAAGAAGUUGGCCCCUAAAGAAGAAACCAUCAUAGAGGUUGAACUCACCAACAUUCAGAAGAAAUACUACCGUGCCAUCCUAGAGAAGAACUUUUCUUUCCUGGCUAAAGGAGCUGGCCAGGCAAAUAUGCCCAACCUGGUCAACACAAUGAUGGAGCUGAGAAAGUGCUGCAACCACCCCUACCUCAUUAAAGGGGCAGAAGAGAAGAUCCUAGAGGACUUCAGGGAGGUGUAUAGUCCUACUGCCAUCGACUUUCACCUGCAGGCUAUGGUGCAGUCUGCCGGGAAGCUGGUCCUUAUUGACAAACUGCUGCCCAAGAUGAAGGCCGGAGGGCACAAGGUGCUCAUCUUCUCCCAAAUGGUGCGCUGCCUGGACAUCUUGGAAGACUACCUCAUUCAGAGAAGGUACUUGUAUGAGCGAAUAGAUGGACGUGUUCGUGGGAACCUGCGGCAGGCCGCCAUUGACCGCUUCAGCAAGCCUGACUCAGACCGCUUCGUUUUCCUUCUGUGUACAAGAGCUGGAGGCCUGGGAAUCAACCUCACAGCAGCAGACACCUGUAUCAUCUUUGACUCUGACUGGAACCCGCAGAACGACCUGCAGGCCCAGGCUCGCUGCCAUCGGAUCGGUCAGAACAAGGCAGUGAAGGUGUACCGUCUGAUCACCAGGAACUCGUAUGAGCGGGAAAUGUUUGAUCGUGCCAGCCUCAAGCUGGGUUUGGACAAAGCAGUGUUGCAGAGCAUGAGUGGCCGAGAUAACAGCCUGGGAGGAGGUACUGGGGGAGGGGCGGUGCAGCAGCAGCUGUCUAAGAAGGAGAUCGAGGAUCUGUUGCGACGUGGUGCCUAUGGGGCCAUCAUGGAUGAGGAAGAUGAAGGGGCCAAAUUCUGUGAGGAGGACAUCGACCAGAUCCUCCAGCGCAGGACAAAGACCAUCACCAUUGAGUCUGAGGGACGAGGAUCCACCUUUGCAAAGGCCAGUUUUGUGGCAUCCGGAAACCGCACAGACAUCUCUCUGGAUGACCCCAACUUCUGGGACAAGUGGGCCAAAAAGGCAGACAUCGAUGUGGAUAUGGUCAAUGGCAGAAACAGCUUGGUGAUUGACACUCCCCGUGUCAGAAAGCAGACUAGGCCCUUCAGCGCCACCAAGGAUGAGCUGGCAGAGCUUUCCGAGGGUGAAAGCGACAAUGACGAGACCAAACCUAAACUCAGGCGAAACCAUGACCGCCUCAACAGCUAUGGACGCACAGAGUGCUUCAGAGUAGAGAAGAACCUGCUUGUAUACGGCUGGGGUCGUUGGAAAGAUAUUCUCAACCAUGGGCGUUUUAAGAAGCAGCUGACAGAGUGGGAUGUGGAGGCCAUCUGCAGGGCCCUGCUGUCCUACUGCCUGGUCCAUUAUCGUGGAGAUGACAAAAUCAAAAGCUUCAUGUGGGACCUGAUUGCUCCUACUGAAGACGGACGCACUAAGGAGCUGCAGAAUCACCUUGGUUUGUCUGCUCCAGUCCCUCGAGGCAGAAAGGGUAAGAAGAUGAAGACCCAGUCCAGCUCUUUUGACAUCCACAAGGCUGAGUGGCUAAGGAAGCACAACCCAGAGCACAUGCUUCAGGACGACGGCUACAAGAAACACCUUAAACAUCACUGCAACAAGGUGCUGCUCAGGGUCAGAAUGCUCUACUACCUGAAACAGGAGGUGAUAGGAAGCCAGGCCCAGCAGGUACUAGACGGCGUGGAAGCAAGUGAGAUAAAUAUCUGGGUGCCAGAGCCUGAUCAUUCUGAGCUUCCAACCUUGUGGUGGGAUACCGUCUCUGAUAAGUGUCUGCUGCUGGGUAUCUACAAGCAUGGUUAUGAAAAGUACAACACUAUCCGUGCAGACCCUGCCCUGUGCUUCCUAGAGCGUGUGGGACGACCGGAUGAGAAGGCCAUCGCUGCCGAACAGAGAGGCAAUGAUUUCAUGGAUGGGGAUGUAGAUGAUCCAGAAUACAAGCCUGCUCCAGCCCUGCUGAAGGACGAUAUGGAGGAUGAUGCCUCUUCUCCUGGAGACUUGGUUGUCACUGACAACGCUGGAGAUGCAGUUCCAGUGACGGAAGGUGAAAGUAUCUAUUGGCCCUCUUCUUCGGUGCUGACUGCCAGGCUGAGGCGUCUGAUCACAGCCUCCCAGCGCUACACCAAGAGCCGGCAGAUCCUCCACAUCCACCAGGCUCAGUCUCAGCAGACCAUGAUAAUGUCUGCUCCGCUCUGCCCGCUGCCCCCCACACUCAACGACACCCUCAACCCCAAGAUGGCUGCUAAGAUUGAACGCCAACAAAGAUGGACCAGGCGAGAGGAGGCUGACUUCUAUCGGGUGGUCUCCACUUUUGGUGUUGUUUUUGACCCAGACCUUGGACGGUUUGACUGGACCAAGUUCAGGGCCAUGGCUCGACUGCACAAGAAGACUGAUGAGAGUCUGCAGAAAUACCUGUGUGCUUUCACCGCCAUGUGCAGGCGGGUGUGUCGCCUGCCACCCAAGGAAGGAGACUCUGCAGUGGACCCAUCUCUGACCAUCCAGCCCAUCACAGAGGAGCGAGCGUCUCGCACACUGUACAGAGUAGAGUUGCUUCGCCAGGUGAGAGAGCAGGUCCUUCGUCACUCAUUACUCUAUGAGCGCCUGUCACUGUGUCAGAUGAGCUCUGACUUACCCGUGUGGUGGGAAGCUGGUACUCAUGACCGUGACCUGCUAAUUGGUGCUGCCAAGCACGGCGUCAGCCGCACAGACUACCACAUUCUUCGAGACCCUGAGCUCUGCUUCAUGGCUGCCCAACGCAACUACAGCCAAACAAAAGCUGCACAGCAGCAAUCACGCACAUCCACCCCGCUCCUACACCCUCAGUACCAGGCCACCAGCUCAGUGUUGACAGGCUCACCGGCGCCUCCAACAGCCCCGAGAGACCCAGAGCCCUGUGGGGUUGUACCCAAAGUCGAACCAGCCUCAGAAGGGGAGGAUAGCAGGGAGAAGCAUGGGGAGAGUUGGAGUCCUCCUCGAGCGCCAGCUACUCCUACAGGUCUGGAGGAGAAGCCUAUUCCUGAGAUGAGGGACAGUGAAAGGCAGAUGGUUGCAGCACGAACGAAGCCUCUCACUCCCAACUCCUCAGAGAGGAAACCCAAGAAGACCAGCAAGAGAAGCCGCAGGGAGGCCAGGCGUGGCUCAGAGUCCGACUCAGAUGGCUCCUCCUCAAGCUCUUCAUCCCGCUCCUCUUCCUCUUCAUCAUCAUCGUCUUCUUCCUCGUCACAUUCCGGGUCCAGCUCUUCCUCCUCUUCAUCGUCUUGCUCCUCUGGCUCUUCAUCGUCAUCCUCCUCUUCCUCAUCAUCUUCUGAUGACAGUGAAAGUGAGGGAGAGGAAGGAAAGAAGAAAGUGCCUGCAGCAACAAGUGUAAAGGGCUUUGAUGAGGACAGUGUGGCAUCUCUGAGCACUACACAGGAUGAAACGCAAGACACCCAUGUGGCUGAGAACGGCAUCACCAACAACUCUUCGCAUCCUUUCCAGGGAGGAGGAUACAUGCUUGCUGCAUCGUACUGGCCAAAGGAUCGAGUGAUUAUCAACCGCCUGGACAGCAUCUGCCAGGCAGUGCUAAAGGGCAAGUGGCCAGGAACACGCCGGGCCUACGAACCUGGAGGUGCAGUGGCCUCCUUCUACACCACCAAGCUGCUGGACAACGCCAACAGCCUGUGCGAGGACCCCUCUGCCUCGCCACAAGGGUCAAAGGUGACCAAGCAUGUUGCAGAAAACAAGGAGUUCUCAGUAAAACUGAACGAUCAGGAAGGAGGUCUGAAGUUGACCUUCCAGAAACAGGGUCUCCCUCUAAAGAGGCCCCUGGAGACAGAGGAGGGCCCCCAGGCCCAGCAGCAGUACCUGGCCCGGCUUCAAGAGCUGCAGAGCGCCUCGGACACAGGCCUGGCAGACAUCACCAAGCCACACUGCAGCUUCCAGAACGUGCCUCCAGGUGUUGCUGGUCAGAUGAGGCUGAACGGAGUAGUAGAUGGUCAGCCGGUGGUAAAGAGGCGAAGGGGGAGGAGGAAGAAUGUGGAGGGGAUGGACCUGCUCUUCAUGAACAAGAGUCGAGCCCCUGCUGUCCCUGAUCAGGUGCCUCCAGGAUGGGGUGGUAUUGGCCAGGUGGGCAUGGCUGCAGCUGCUGUGCCGGGCUACAGUCAGAGCUCUAGUCAGAGCCCCGCAGACACAGAGAUCAGGGUCCCUGUCAUCAACCUCAAAGAUGGCACCCGGCUUGCUGGGGAUGACGCUCCUAAGAGGAAAGAUCUGGAACAGUGGCUGAAAGAGCACCCUGGCUUUGUUGCAGACACAGGAGCCUUUAUACCUGGGGUGAAUAAGAUGCAAAUGCAGUUCCACUUCCAGGACGGUCGGCCCAAGCAGAAGAGGCACCGCUGUAGGAACCCCAACAAGAUCGAUGUCAACAGCCUGACAGGAGAUGAAAGGGUCCAGAUCAUCAACAGGAGAAACGCGCGCAAGGUCGGUGGAGCCUUUGCUCCUCCUCUGAAGGAUCUGUGCCGGUUCCUUCAGGAGAACCCAGAGUACGGAGUCCCACCUGAAUGGGCAGAUGUUGUCAAACAGUCGGGUUACCUCCCAGAGAGCAUGUUUGACAGGAUCCUGACAGGACCCAUUGUUCCUGAGGAGGUGAGCCGGCGUGGACGGCGACCUAAGAAUCCUCUGGCCAAGGCGGCAGCAGCAGCUACAGCGGCGGCGGCGGCAGCAGCGCCAAACCCAGCAGCCUCCACCCUGGGCCUGAACCCCCUGCUGACCAACGGCCUCCUCUCUGGAAUGGACCUAACCAGCCUGCAGGCCUUCCAGCAAAACCUGCAGAGCUUACAGUCCCUGCAGCUCACCGCAGGGCUUAUGGGGCUUCCAUCCGACGCAAGCAACCUGGCCGCAAGUAACUUAGCUGCCAUGUUUCCCAUGAUGCUGUCUGGUAUGGCGGGAUUGCCGAACCUGCUUGGCAUGAGCAGCUUGCUUGGGAAGCCUGCUCAGGAGGGCGCAGCUGGCACCGAGGACAAGGCGAAGGGAACUGCCAGCGGUGGAACAGGAGAGCCGUCUGCCUCUAAAGCCCCUUCUCACACCUCAGACACCAAAGGAGAAAGGACCGAGGGCUCGAACACAACUCCUUCCUCCACUUACAGCGCCACUUCCUCUGCCACCGCCCCACAAAGUGCUUCAGCUGCCUCGGCAGCCUCCGGUCACCCACUGUCUCUUAACCCCUUGUUACUCUCCAGUAUGAUUUACCCAGGGAUGCUUCUCACUCCAGGCCUUAACCUUCCUGUGUCUGCCACACAGCAGCAGAGCUCAAACAGUGAUCCCACCCCUCCUGCAGCCUCCCAGUCAUCGCCACAGGAGACACAGCGGCCAGCAGCAGAGAAGGACAGAGAGGAAGAGGAAGAGGAGGAGGAGGAGGAGGAGGAGGAGGAUGACGAGGCUUUGGAGGAAGAAGAAGAAGAUGACGAUGAGGAGUCAGCAGAACAAAAAGAGAACAGUGGUCCUGAAGGUUUGGGAAAAGCAGAGUCAUCUUCAUCAGAGUCUGGGAGCUCGUCUUCAUCCUCAGACAAUUCAGACUCCAGUGAUGAGGACUGAUCUAUGAAUAUAUAAUUACAAAUUUAUUUAUGUAUCGCCUAGAAAUGUAAACAUAUAUUCACAUAUAUAUGGAUUUUCCAGCACUUAUGUUGCUAUUUCUUUACAUGUACAUACAAGAACUAACUAAAAUGUUGUGUAAUAAAUAUUCCAAAAACAUGACAAACAAACAAACAAAAACAAAACAAAAAAAAAAAACAGCAAAAAACUGACUUAAAAGGAACUGAAAUAAAAUUUCAGUGUUUGUUCACAAGGUACAGUCUUGUUUUGAGACAUUUUGCAUGUCAGACUUUAGUAGAUUUCUGAACUCUGUGAACUUGUACCACACGAUUAUGUACAAUUGCAACAACAAAAGGCAUUAUUGUAAUUAUGUCAGGAUUUAAUUUUAUUAAAAAAGUGAAACUACA